AGCCCAACCUGCUCUGGACCUCACUCACCUGAGGCCGGAAGCUCGUGAUGACGCUCAUGAACACCAGGAAUCCAGAGCUGCUCUGCGGUCACGUGAUCAGCUGCUGUGACGCUCAGAUUUACGAACAGCGUGUUUACAGCUCCGUUUUUCUCCGAUCUUCAACCAGGAAGUCUAGGCUCCUCCCACCAAUGAGCGCGCGCCUCUGUCCCGGGAACAGCGUUUGAUUGGCUGACUCCAGCAGACUCUGUGGCUUCCACCGCUGAUUGGCUGGGCAGGGAGCCACAUCCCGGGACCCGCCCCCUCCUGGGAGGAGGACAUAUCUUCUUCUUCCAGAGGAAAAUCGGCAGAAUCGAACCCGCGGCAAAAAACCCGCCCGGAGAACGGCUCGACGCGGGCCUCCGCCGGUCUGACGGGACGGUCCAGCUCCGCUUCGGCUCAGCAUCUGAGGAGGCGAUGCUCUCCUGAAGCCACACCCCCACGGCAAUCAUGAACCACACCCCGAGCCCCCACCUGCCUGAGGGGGGGAAGGUGGCCGCCGCCGGCCUCCUGUGCAGUCUGGGUCUGGGUCCGGACCGGGGGGUCCGCUCCCCCGACAGCCUGGCCCACACCCCCAGCCCCACCGGAGAAACCCCCAGCUCCAGCCCCCCCCUGCUGCUGUCUCCGGGGCUGGGGAGCUUCGGGCUGGGCUCCUUGGGGGCCAUGAGCGAGGGGGCGGGGGCCGACUGGGAGAGCCGGGAGGAGCUGAGGCUGCGGGAGCUGGAGGAGGCGCGGGCGCGCGCGGCGCAGAUGGAGAAGACCAUGAGGUGGUGGUCGGACUGCACCGCCAACUGGAGGGAGAAGUGGAGCAAGGUCCGUGCCGAGCGGAACCGGGCGCGGGACGAAAUCCGGCAGCUGCGGCAGCGGCUGGACGCCCUCACCAAAGAGCUGAGCGGCGUGCGGCGGGAGCGCCAGGAGCUGUCCACGGAGAACGAGAGCCUGCGGCAGGAGAGGCUCCGCCUCCGGGCCUCCUCCCCCACCUCCUCCAACCUCCAGGCUGACGGCAGGCUGGACAGAGUUGGUGAAGGACCGCCGGGAUCCCCAGAGGCGGAGCCAGUGAGAGACGUGGAUCUGGAGGGACCGACGACGAGUCAGCAGAAGGACCUGGAGCUGCUGGAGUCCGUUCUGCGGUCCGGACCAAACCCCGCUGGGGCGCGCCCACCCAGCGGUCCCAGCCGACAGGAACGCAGCCGGCAGCUGUGGGAGGAGGUGGGCGUGGCCGAGGAGGACCCGGGAAAACUGACGGCGCUGCAGCUUCGUCUGGACGAGUCCCAGAAGGUUCUGCUGAAAGAACGAGAAGACAAACUGGCUCUGACCAAGAACAUCGAAAAAUUGGAGGCGGAGCUUAGUCUGUGGAAGCUCAAGUACGAGGAACUCGGCAAGAGCAAGCAGGAGGCGCUGAAACAGCUGAACCUGCUGAAGGAGAUCCAUCAGGAUGAACUGGGCCGGAUCUCGGAGGACCUGGAGGACGAGCUGGGGGCCCGGAGCAGCAUGGAUAAGAAGCUGGCGGAGCUGCGAGCGGAGAUGGAGCGGCUGCAGGUGGAGAACGCAGCAGAGUGGGGCCGGCGCGAGCGUCUGGAGACGGAGAAGCUGGCGCUGGAGCGGGACAACAAGAAGCUGAGGGCGCAGGUGGAGGACCUGGAGGAGCAGCUGAGCAGGAAGCGGCGGCAGGCCGCCUCCGCCCUCGACUGCGACCUGAAGGCCAUCCAGAGCGAGCUGUUUGAGAAGAACAAGGAACUGGCUGAUCUUCGUCACGUUCACACGAAGCUGAAGAAGCAGUUCCAGGAGAAGACCACAGAGCUCGCCCACGCCAACCGCCGCGUGGAGAGCCACGACGCUGAGGUGAAAAAGCUGCGUCUGCGGGUGGAGGAGCUGAAGAAGGAGCUGGGACAGGCUGAGGACGAGCUGGACGAGUCCCACAACCAGACCAGGAAGCUGCAGAGGUCUCUGGACGAGCAGGUGGAGCAGGCGGAGAACCUGCAGGUCCAGCUGGAACACCUCCAGUCCAGGUUGCGGCGGCAGCAGCACAGUCCUGCGCUCUUCGGGAAGAUGAGAUCCGCUCGCUUCAGUCCAGAAAACGCAGCGGCGCCGGGCAGCGAGGAGGAGGAGGAGGAGGAGGAGGAGCUGCAGAUCGCGUGAACUGGACCGUCCUCCUGGAGGAGCUCCGAAGCCGUCGUCCUCCUCCUGUCAGCUGCUGGGAGGAGAACGCGAGGCGCUCUGCAUCCUCACCGCACAAACACUGCCACCUGCUGUCAGGAGAGGGGAAGCGCGCCUCCAUCCUCUCCACCAGAAUCAGUAUUUGUUCAGCAGCACCGACCCAAACCCAGUUCAGGGACAAACAGACUUUCAGUUUCAUUCCAUCUGAGAGUCAGUCAGUAAAUUUGAUUAUUUAUCGACCUAAAGUGAUAAAGAAUUCUGAGGAACUGGACAAACAGCUAAAUCCAAGUUAGCUAAACGCUAAAAAAACAAUGAGUUUAAAGGAUUUUAGAGGUUUUUCACUUUUUGUUGAGAUUUUUUUUACUUUUUAUGAAACAAGUUUUUUUAUUUCAGUCAAGAUUCUGCCGUUGAAUUAGUGUUUGAUUUUCUGUUCAAACAUUCAUGAACAUAAACUGUUAAAGCAAUAAAUCAUCUGUACUUCAUCAUCAUCACUGUCGCUUAGCAACAAGCUUCACCCAUGCUGGAACGGGACCAAGAUAUUUGUACUGACCGGACUCUGGAGUAUGACAGUAUUUAUGUGGCUGUGGACUGUUUUUGUACACGUAAGAAAUGUUUAGCUCAGUGUUUUCUAUCGGCUUCAUAAACUCUUCAAAGAGAAACUA